UGCCGCUGCCGCUGCCAUUCCAGUUCGCGUUUGUUGCCCGUGAAGGAUGCCUUCUGCCAACCCUAAACUAGAAAAACAGGCCUCUACGGAGGCCGCCGACCCAAUACGCCAAGCCAUAACCGUUAUCGAGCACAAGAUAAGGAAUUUGGAGAAGCGUAAGGGUAAACUAGAGGGGUACAGGGAUCUCCAGAAAAGUGGUAGGGAACUUGACAAGGAUCAGAAAACAGCUGUCGCUAAGUAUGAUGAAGUUCUACAGACACUGGACAUCACAAAGGAUUUGUACAAGGCGAUCGUGGGAAUUGCAAAUGACUCGGCUAAACAGCAGAAGAAACUCGCGAGGAAGGAGGCUCUGGAGAGGACGCAGCAGGAUAUCGCCAAGGUUCGAGAAGUUCUUCUCAUCCAGGAUAUCCUGAACAACAUGGGUACGGAUAUAGCCCGUGAGGACUUUCUCUCUGGUAGUAACGGUGCGUCAAAACUCUCCGAGGAAGACCUAAAGUCCAUGGACGAGCUUUAUAACGAGAUAACAGCGAAACGUCAUCCAGACAGCCCUGAUACCACCCAUACCCCGUUUCCCCAGCAACUGCAGAAAGCAGCGGAGCACUACAUCGCUAUAAUCGAGGGUAAACAGAGAGAGGUAGCGGGUACGACGUAUCUGAAGCUGAAGGAAAUCAUCACAUCAGUCAAUCAGUGUGGUUAUUUCGAUCAGGCACAAGUGCAAGAAACUGAAACGACGAUUGAAGUGAUAGCUGAUGCUGUCACUGAGAUUCGAGUCAAUGACGCACCAGAGACGACUGAGGACUACACAACAGGCGAUGCACACAUUCCACCCCCAGAAUCAAUGAUUCCAAUGCCCAAUUUUCCUGUUCAAGUGACACCAGUGCCAGUUGUAUCAGCACCAGGACCAAUUCCAGUUGUACCCCAGGCUAUUCCACCUCAUCCUGCACCUGUUGAUACGAAUUAUUACGCAAAUGCUGGGGCUUUUGUACCACCACAGAAUCAAACACAACCACCAACCCAGUCACAACCUCCUCGCAUAAACGACGUCAUCGGUGGAACACCCAAUUUCUUUUUUCUUCAGGAGUCUGAGCUCGAUGGACCUGAGGGUAGCACUCAGCCCAUAGUACCACACAUUCCACCAGUCAAUGCACCCAUACCAACCCAGACAUUCACCAAUCAGAGCUUUGGGGGUGCACCUGUUCAAGUGACACAGCAAGUUAUUUACCCUCAUCCACCCCAGGAGAUGAGUCACAUUCCUGGAUUUGCCAAUCCAAAUCCACCACCACCUAUACCCAUGCCACCGUCACAUCAGGGAAAUCUUCAGUACAGUCCACAGCAUCCAGCUGGAUAUCAGGGACAGGGAAUGCAGGGCUAUGAGGGCGUUGUAGAGGUUGAGGCACAAAUUUCCGUCGAGGAUAAGGGUGAUCAGCGUCAGGACGAUCCAUCGAUUGUCACGACGGAUGUUGAUCGGCCCAAUGAAUCGGUCGACUGGUGCCAGAUGACUGAUAACACUCCGAUUAAUGAGUGGAACUCAGCGGAUGCCGAUCAGCAGCAAUCAGGUCAGCAAGAUUCACAGAGUGGUCAGCAGGCGUGGGGCGAGCAGCGAAGUGGUUACCGGGGUCGUGGGGGAAGGCGGGGCAAUUCCAAUGGGUACAAUGGCAGGGGAAGAGGCUCUAGUGGUGGUUAUCAGCAGAAUGGGCGAGGAACUGGUCAAGCCAACUACUAUCGACACGAGAACAACUACCAAAAUGGCUAUCAACGGAAUUACCACAACGACGGUAGCACGGGUGGUUACAAUGGUGGAUUCAAGCGCGGAGGUGGUGGUAAUUCUGGUAGUGGUGGCACUGGUGGCUCUCGAGGUGGACCAAGGACUGGAGAACGCACUGGAAUGGAUCGAGGACGUGGGGGACAAUUUCGUGGUCAGAGGGGAGGCUCUCGUGGAGGAUACACACCGCGCAGCAAUAAACCGCAGGCGCAACAAUAACUUUCACCGAUGCAACGAGUAAUGAGUUAACGCAAACGUCUAAAUACAAGCAAAAAGAAAAAGGCAAACAAAAAAUACACACACUGUCGUAAUUGUACCACCGUCAGACCUCAGUUGAUUCGUUUGAACCGAAAAUUUUGACAAGUCCAUUUUUCCGUUCUUGUUGUGUAUUAUUGCGCGCAACAUUAUCAAGUAUUAUCAACAUUUUUCUCAAUAUUCGAUUUUAAAAUUCGGUAGGGACUUUAGAAUUUUGAUUUGAACGAAUUGCUGAAUUCAAUGAAUGAACGAGUUAUGCUCUCUUUCAUCGUUUGAUAGGUGAACAAAGUGAUGACACGAUAGUGAUAACAAAAAAAAAAAUAAUAAAAAUACGGCAACAAUUGCUGGUGAAAGAAAUGGGGAUUGGCUGCAUUCAGCAAUGUUGAAGCAUAAGGAAGAAUUAUUGAUGUAACACCACGCAAGUAUUAUUGUGUUGUGACAGAAGGCAGUUUUCACAGGGCAACAACAGCUAAUCAACAAAGAUUAGGGAAAAAAAUGAAACAAAUUAAUAAUUUUAUUAUAUUAAAAAAUCUAAAAAAAACGAUACAAAGUGAAUGAAGAUGAUACGCAUUUCAAAAAAAGGAAAAAAAUGUAAAAAAAGAGAAAAUAUAUAUAAAAAAAAUGAGGACAUAGACACACGUGCGCACAUUAAACUUUUCAUUGGAAACGUAUUAAUGUACAUUGAUUUAACAAAUGUGGUUGGGGGUGUAGGCACACGUGCGAUUAUUCCAAACGUGACGUAUUGACUCCGGAGAAUAUUUAUUUCUUAUUAAUUCAGUGGGGAAGUUUUGUUGUUCAAUUAAAUUUGUUGAGUCGAACACGUGAAAAUAUCGAAUUUCCUUUCCUCACUGAAUUCAAUGAGUCAUUAAUCAUUGAUAACGAUUCAUUAAAGAACAUGAAUAAUUUAAAAAACAACUGACAAGUUUUCCUAAGAAUUAUGUCACUCAUUGAAACAAAUAUUCCCAGGUCUUGAGUGUUAUUUUUUUUCCAGUUGUGCGUAGGAAUAUUCGUACCACCUGAUUUUUGUUUAUUCAGAGAGCAUUAUUUUUUUUAUCUUGAAUGAAAUCGCAAACAAAAAAAGACACGUGAAAUACGAAGAACAUGAAACCCGCGGCGUAUUAGAAUGUAAGUCGAGUAAAAUGUACAAUUUACCAUGGAGGAAGUAGUUUGAAUGCGCCAAGCUCGUAAAUAAAAAUUAAAUUACAAAACAGAGUGUAAAAAAAAUCGUACUCAUCGCCGUUACAUGAUGAAAGGCGAGGACAUGACAAGAGACUAUGUGAAAUAUGUACCGUAUUGUAUUUCGUUUGUACAUUUUGUGUUUAACAACCACUCCCUUGUUCUUUCCCUCCCUGUUCUCUCUUUUAUUAUUGAUUCGUUGCGUUUGAACCGUUUUUACGAAUUACCUAUGUAUCUUCCAAAAAAAAAUCAACUACAGAUUCUCCCCCCUGCUAUUAGCCUACUAUCACGCUCGGUGUGAAAAAAACAUGUUCGCUUAGUUCUUUAAGAUGUUCUCAAGAAAAAAAAUGAAGAAAAACGUUUAAAUAAAUAACAAAUUGCCAGCA